AUGGCCAAUACAUAUCAAGCUGUUGCAAAUGCUAAAACAACCAAGGAACGAUUUUCAGCAUUCAAUUCGAUUUUUAAAGGAGCAGGUGAUUUUAUUUGAUUGAUAUUUUAGAAUUUUUAAAUUUUUAAAUUUAAAAAAUUCAAUUUAGCAUGGACUGGUUUUAAUUAUCUAUUGAUUUUCACUAUUCCUAUAAUUUUCAUCGGCGUUGGAGUUUGGAAAGUUGAGGAAUGCUCAUUGGCUCCAAAAUUUCCGAUUUGGUUAAUUGUCACUGGAGUUUUGGUAGUGAUUGAGAGAUCUAUUAGUCUUAUAGUUCAGAAAAAGGUGAUUUUUUUCUACAUAUGUAGAUUUAAAUGGAAAACUGUUGUUUUUUUUGCAGAAAAAUUUCGUCGACGCAGAAUUUCCACAUACUGAAAAUGAAACUGAAGAGGAGACUGCGAAUCGUAAGAGUCAACGAAGAGCUCAUUAUCCAACUCUUUUGAUUUUCAUUUGUUUUGCGUGUCAAUUUGUUCAAAUGAUUUGGUAUGUGGUCAAAAUUUGAAAAUUGGCGGGAGAGGAAAGGUCAAAAAUUUUUUUUGCUAUUUCUGAUCUGACCUUCUGCCCGAAGAUUUCUGACGGUGAUCAGAAUAUUUCAAGAACAAUCUGAAAAAUGUCGAAUUCCAGGUCAUUUACUGGCCUCUUCUUUGUCAUCAGAAGUUUUGGAGCAGAAGGAACAUGUCACUGGGCUCCAUAUUGGUUGACUACACUCACAGUCCUUCUUCCUUGGAUCUUCAUAAUGACGUUAUGCCCAGCUUGUUGUUGUGCAUGUUGCGUUCUUGCAUCAAAAGCGGGAAAAUCUUCCGACGGAAAUGCUGAACAAGAAGCCACUGCAAACGCAUAA